AGUACACGUUACAUCUCUCGACCGCUGCCAGCUCUAUCGAUCGCGAUCUAAUAAUUUUAGUAUCUAAUUAUUCUCCCUUGCAAUAUUAAUUAUUAAUAAUUUUUUCCAGUGAUUUAAUUGAAAAUAUCUAAAAUUAUCGAAAAAAAAAGUGUUAAAAUUAUUAAAAAAUCCGAAUGCUAUUUAAAGUGCGGGUGAUUAGACACAACCGCGCAUGGUUAAAAAAUUAUUAUUUUUUUAUAAAUAAUUUUGGUUAUUAUUUUUUCAUCAAACAUGGAUCUUAAGUCGCUUAUUACUACAAUAAUCAUUAUCAAUUUCAUGGCUUUAUUCGCUCCUGUUAGGGCCGGAGACGAUAUAUCUUCAUGCAACAGUGACUCUGAUUGUUCAUUGCACCAAUACUGCUAUCAAUUAUCGCAACAAUGUGUCAAUUACACCGUUUGCAAAAGGUACAACAGGUUGGAAGGUGAAAACAAGGCUAAAUCUGAAUCUCAAUGCGGGGAAUGCAUUCCUGGGUACAAAGCUGAAAUUUUGGCAACUGGUGUGCCUGAAGCUUUUUGUAAAAAAAUUAAUACUGUUCCUGGAACCACUGAAACUCUAUUUACAGACAAUGAAACAUUUUCAAUAUGGAUUUAUGUAGCUUCAGGAAUUAUAUUAUUAUUGUUGGCGGUAUCCAUUUUGGCUUUACUAGUUAAGAAAAGAGCAUAUAUUCACGGUAAUAAAAAAUGGUUUAGACAAAUUGGAAGUUGGAAUUUUAAUCCUACUGCUCCGCCGCUAGAUAGUGGUGAAGUGUAUUUGUCAACAAAAUACUACUCGGACGAUGACCCGCCAAUCUACUCCUCGGUGAUAAACAACAACAACAGCCCAACAGAUAAGAACCGGUUGGUUCGCGCAGUGCCUUAUCACCAUCCAAAUUGGGUUGACAGCAACCCAAAUUACGGUCACGAUGAUCCAGAUACUUCGGGGAACACAACGACGACAACAUCCACAUCUACAAACAUGUUCGCGUCGCUGCAAGUUGAAGAUGAAGACACCACCCCAAGUGUUUGGACGCCUGAAGAAGUAACAAUCCAAGUACCAGCCCGCGCAUUCCAUCAAUUUGCAACGGAACAACGAGACAAUGUACUGAACACUGUGCUAGUACGUGGUGAUUGUUCAUCCAGCUCAGAAUCGCCAGAAGAAACGGGACCAACACCUAGUGCGCAAAACAGCAAUUCGCGCACUAACAACGACAAUUACCGCGGACCGAGCGUUCAGAUAAAUCAAAUGAUAACCCUAAACAUGGUUAAUAACGACAAUUAACCUCAAAGCCCACUACUUAUCACAAAAAUCAGUAAUUUUUAGAUAAUGAGUUCCAUAUUUCAUAGCCCCCUUUUGAACUGACAUAUUUAAUUAUUCUAGCUGCCAUGUUUGCAUUUAUAUUUCUUCGCUCAAUUUUCAUAAACUGCUCAAUGUUUUGAUGUAAAUUUGUUUUUUUUUUCUGGGUCGGUUGUUCUGGUUAAUGUACUUUUAAUUAAUUAUCUUAUAGAUAAUG